CGAAUGUUCCGUUUGGUACCGUUCCGAUCGUUUGUCAUUUCGUGCUCCGCGCUUCGCUCCGCAAUCCGCAAUUCUAUCGUGUUGCAUCGCGCGCCAUCGUGCGUACGUAGAAUCGUUUCUCUGGUCAGGAAUAAAUGAAACGAAAGGAUUAGUACGAGAAGUGACGGGUUUCCCUCGAGUGAGAAUCCUUAUUGAUUUUCCCUUUUUUCUCUCCUUUUUUUACUUAUCUACUCCGCAUCGUGUACACGCACGUCCGCGACGCGCUCGCCACGAGUAGGGAGGGGGAGGCGGCCAUCUCGUAGCGAUUCUGAUAUUUUUUUUCACGGUAUGUCGGAGGGCGAGGCGUUGUCGCAGAAAAAGCAACACCAACCACCGUUUCAUCCGCAGCAACAAGCGCCGAUCGGCUCGGGUCCGAUGGCGAAUAUGGCGUGGCAGUAUCCGCCGAACAAUAUGCACAACAUGUUUCCACCAUAUCCUGGGCAAAUGUAUGGUCCAGGGUAUCAAGGUGUGCCCCAUCAAGGGCAGAUGUUUAACUAUUAUCACAUGAUGCCAGGAUAUGGUCAGGCUUUUAAUCCUCAACAGAUGCAGCAGCAUCAACAGCAUCAACAACAGCAGCAGCAACAACAACAGCAGCAGCAACAGCAGCAGCAGCAACAACAGCAGCAGCAGCAGCAGCAACAGCAACAGCAGGGAAACAAUCAGAAUAAGCAGCAGUUACAUCAACAACCUCCUAUACCCGGUACUCCAAUGCCUCUAGAGGAUGAAUCUGAUCUUCCACCGUUGCCACCCGGUCCACCACCAUCGGUUCCACCGGCUCAACAACAUAACAAUCAUAUUCAGCAACAGCAGAUGACUUAUUCAGGAAUGAUGUACAAUUCAUUUCCUUAUGGUAACUGGAACGGCAUGCAUAAUGAUUCUCAGUAUAACGGUCAGACAAUCCGCUUUAAUUUACCAAAUAAAAAAACAGGUCUUGGAUACACCGGGCCGUCCGGCAAUAGCGGCGCCGCGAAGAAAAAACGUAAGCGGAACAAAAAUUUAGCAGCUCAAUUCAACAAUAGCUUUCAGGGAAACGUUUCAACAACCGGUCCCUUCAUGCCUAACGGUCCUAAUACAAAACCUGCGGAAUUACCACCGCUACCACCCGCACAAUGCGAAGUGGCGGCUCCGCCGCCACCAAGCGAGGAGCCUCCUACUCCUGUCGCGCCGGUUACCACGACUGCUAGCAACGCGAUUUCCAAUGUUAACACUGUUCCUUCUAUCGCUCACAGUCCGGUUGGAGACUGGCCUGACAGUCUGAAGAAUUACGUGAACCGAUGCUACGAGAAGUGUAAGACGGCGGUCGAUAAGGAUCAGGUCGAAAUCAUACUGAAGGGCAAGAUCACACGCGCCGCGAACGAUGGCUCGCUUUGGGUGAAGGACUGGGAUAAGGAGCCUCUGCCCAGCAUCCACAGCGAACGUAUGACCAUGACGAUCAAGCCUUCGAAGCCGGCGUUAAAGCUGGCGAAUCCUCUGGCGAGCCCACUGGUUAAUGCACAGGGAGGCCUGCGCAAGCCCGGCCUCUCCAGUUCGCUUGGGGCUCGGCUUGGCGCGCGUCUCUCUGUGACACACAGCAGGCGGUCGAGGACGAGGUCGAGGUCGAGGUCUAGAUCGAGGUCAAGAUCAAGAUCCAAAUCGAGGUCGCGAUCCCGUUCGCGGUCGCGGUCGCGGUCACGCUCGAGGUCAAGGUCUACGCGUUCGCGCACACGUAGCCCGCCGUCGCGCAGGUACAGCAACAGGCGCAGCACAUCCUCGUCGUCGAACAUUAGCGAUCGGGAACACGAUUACAAGGCGCCCAAAGUGAAAAAGUCUGCGCGCAACAAGGCGAAUCACAACAAGAAGUCCAAGAAGACUAAACAGGCUAAAUCACAUUUCUAUUCCGAGUUUGGUUUAGCUACAGGCAACACGGACGAGCUAGGAACCAAGGAGAAGCUGCAGCAGCGCGCGGCUAGAUUCAACGGUGGCAUUUCCAGGACGGUCGUCAGCAGCGUCGUUGUUAGAGAUGAUCCAAACACGGAUUUCGACUUUACUGGCCUCCACAUCGUCGGUACGUGCAAGGAUCUAGAGAAGCCCUAUUUGCGUCUGACAUCGGCUCCUGCUCCUUCUGCAGUUCGACCGGUAAGUGUACUUCAAAAUUCUUUGGCCCAUGUCAAGAAACGUUGGCUAGCCGAGCAGGACUACAGAUAUGCUUGUGACCAAUUGAAAUCCAUCCGGCAAGAUCUUACCGUGCAAGGUAUCAGGGACGCGUUUACAGUUCUCGUGUAUGAAACCCACGCCCGUGUAGCUAUAGAACGUGGUGAUCACGAGGAAUUCAAUCAGUGUCAGACACAACUAAAAAUGCUGUAUCAGGAUGUCGGUGGUGAAAACCGAUGCGAAUUUAUCGCGUAUCGGAUUCUCUAUUACAUCUUCACAAAAAAUACUCAAGAUUUAACGACAAUUUUAGCGGCACUUACGAUGGUGGAUAAAAACGACGAGUCCAUAAAACACGCGUUGAAAGUACGAUCGGCUUGGUGGUUGGGUAACUUCCAUACUUUUUUCACACUGUAUAGGACGGCACCGCAUAUGUCCGCCUUUUUGAUGAAUUGGUUUGUCGCGAGAGAGCGAAAGAAGGCAUUGAAAUUCAUGAUAAAGUCCUACCGGCAAAAUUUGGCGGUUCAUUUCGUCGUAGCGGAAUUGGCCUUUGAUUCUUUGGACAAGUUUUAUGAAUUUGUCAGCGAGUUCGGCUUGGUUUACGCUGAUCUCGCUCGACAGCAAAUCGACUGCAAGGCAAGCAGUAAUAAUCUAGGUGGUUGGUAGAAGGCAACGCUCUAUUGUCCUACCUUUACCCCUUGUGGCGGAAGAUUUUAACACGCGAAAAAGAAGGGCCACACACACACAACACCCCCACAAGCAUACAUACACGCGUACAUGCAUCUCACGUGUGUCAUAUUACGUGUAUAUGCAUAUGUUUCCGGCAUAAGUGACUCAUAUGCAUAUAUGCAAUUUAGAUAUUUAUUCAAAUUCCACUGGGAUUACGCAUGUUUCUGUAAAUUUCCCUCGCUCUUGGAAGUCCUGUGUGUGCUGGCUCUACCUCUCGCAAACGAUCUUCAGAUCAUCGUCCCACGGCAAUUUCAUCACCGUCGGACACAAAAUCGAAAGCAUGGGACUUCAACUACAGCUUCGACUGUGAUUGUACAUAUAUGCUCCCUCGUUCGGUCCUUCCGCGCACAAUUGUACAUAAUUACAAGAGGACGUAUACGUGGAUCUUUCGCCGGGGACUCCUGGAAAUUGUACAAAAAGUCGGGACGGAUGAUCGUUUCCAUUCAUUCGACGCUACCUCACUAAAAAAAAAAAAAAUAAAAAAAAAGUUAGAUGAGAAAACUCGUUAUAAACGUCGAGGAUCAUAUUCACAACGCAGACGGUACAAUCUACGAUCUUCACAAUAAUAAAAAAAAGCCCAUCUUUCGUUCAUUCUUGACUCGGGACAAUUCGUCGAUGAGACGACCGCUCUCUCCUUUUUAAUCAUUUGUAGCGUGAUGCGCAUGCACGCUUCACUGCCAUGGUGCUCGAUCGAUUUUCCAAGUAUUCCUUUAAGUAUUACUACACGAAAAAAAAAAACAACUCGUAGCUGCUCCAGCUGAAUCAACACAAGAUUCUUUCCCUUUGAAGAAAGGGGUGGUUCCAAAGAGAACGCGAACAGAAGGAUUUUGUUUCACGAAUUCAGAAACACGAGCGAAGUCGCGGUUUGAGAGGACACAGUGGUGACUAUAUGUUCAUGCCGCCUGUACUCGAUAUACGCUCUUCUCGGUCAACGGUAAACAGCGUUCCUAGUCGCGAUAAGUGUCACUUCCUGGACAAGCCCGAGGAAACCCGGUAAACGAAGGAAAGAAGAAGAAAUGGCAGGAUCAUUUUUCGGAACAUCGUUAUUCGUGGAUGAACCAUACUUCGAAGAUGUCUGGGGACGAAGACGGAAGACUGAAGAUCAAGGAGAGGGCAGUCCUCGUUGUGUACCUCGCGCGACGAGUCGGGUGCAUCAUCGUCGGUUUUUGUCGUGUACCGAGUGAUCUUAUAAUUAAUUUUAAUAAGUGUUCAUGUGCCGCGCGCGAUGCGACGAUGCUCCUUUUGAUGUUAGAGUCACCCUGUUCUCGUUUGGAUUUUCCAGGUCGAGACCCUCCCCCAUUUUUGUCGCAUUCGUAUACGCACGUACAUUCGCUCGCGCGCGCGCGCAUGGAAUGUGCAUACAUACACCAGCUGCAUUACACGGAUUCGGAAAGGGAAAAUGACUCAUUGUACCAUAACUUGAUCCGAAUACGAUGUUGUGCAUAAUAAAUUAUUUAAUUUUC